AUGAAGCAGAAGAGACCGCAGCAGCAUGCACACAACAAGCCCGUUGUCAAAGAGUAUCGCACGAGAGUGACGUGCGGAAGAGUGUCUGGCAAGGUGGCCACCUGGCAAGGUGAGGAGGGAUGGAUCCGACCGGAUGCCAAGAUCAAUCAUGGCUUGAGCUCCAAGAACAGCGGCUUGGUACUGGUUAGGCGGAAGGAUGUCUCUGCGGGUCAGGCUUUGAAGCCCGGUGAAGCGGUGGACUUCCUGGUCUACUCCGAAGUCGCUGAAGGCGGUCGCUUGGGUGCCGAGUUCUGUCGGCUUGUGCCCGGCAAGAGCCAGCCCAGCCCAGCCGGCCAAGGCCAGCCCGAAAGGCCACAGCCUCCACAGCCGAAGGCAUCACCGGUGAAGCCACUGGUGAAGCCAGCACAGAAAGUUCUGCAGCUGCACCUCAAGAAGCCAGAAGUGCCGGUGCUCAAGAAGCCAGAGCCGCCGACACUCAUGAAGCCAGUUCCGAAGAAGGGCGGGAAACCCAAAGGAGCGACUCUGGGCAAAAGCGGGAAGCCAUCCAUCCAGAAUGUCACUACCGGCAAAGAUGGGAAGAAGUCUGGAGCAGCGAUGACACCUGGAAAGGGACCUCCAGCAACUGCUGCCAAGGGGUUCAAUGCAAAUGCCAUGACUGCUGCACCCCCAUCUGCCGAUGGCUUUAAAGCCAAAUCGAAGCUGCCGCGACAACAGAUCGGCACAGCUGAGCAGAGUGGCCAGCUUCACGAAUGGUGGGGCAAGUAUGGCUGGAUCAUACCGGACAAGCCUGUCAACCAUCCUGGCGCUAGCAAACGCCAGGGAAAAGUUUAUGUUCAUAUCUCCGACAUGGAGGACGACAGCGUGACGGUAAUGCCCGGUUGCCGCGUGUCCUUCCUGCUGUACGUGGACAACAGCGGCCUCGGGGCGCAGAACUGCAGGAUUGUGGACAGCCUUCCAGGAGGCAAAGGCUUGCAAAACGCAGGGCCCAAGACCGGUUACAACAAGUGGCAGUCCGGUUACCAGCAAGCCGACGGCUGGCAGUCCCAGUCCCAGGAAGCUCAGGAAGAGGAAGGCCUGCCUCCUGACUGGGAGGAGCAUUGGUCGGACGAGUAUGAUGUCCCGUACUUCUGGAACAAGAAGACCAAGGAGUCCGUGUGGGUGAGACCUCAAUGA